AAGGGAGGAGGCCCUCGCAGCUAGCGGAGAGAAGUGGCCAGAGAGGCCCAGGGGACAGCCAGGGACAGGCAGACAUGCGGCCGGGGCCUCCACAGGGCCCUUCGGGCCCCACGACGGGAGGACCCUGAGCCCCGGGCCCGGGGAGGGGGCCAUGGUGCUGCCUGCCCGACAUGUCAGCCGAGGUGCGGCUGAGGCGGCUCCAGCAGCUGGUGCUGGACCCCGGCUUCCUGGGGCUGGAGCCCCUGCUCGACCUUCUCCUGGGCGUCCACCAGGAGCUGGGCGCCUCCGACCUGGCCCAGGACAAGUAUGUGGCCGACUUCUUGGAGUGGGUGGAGCCCAUCGCGGCGAGGCUUAAGGAGGUCCGACUGCAAAGGGAGGACUUCGAGAUUUUGAAGGUGAUCGGACGCGGGGCGUUCAGCGAGGUGGCGGUGGUGAAGAUGAAGCAGACGGGCCAGGUGUACGCUAUGAAGAUCAUGAAUAAGUGGGACAUGCUGAAGAGAGGCGAGGUGUCGUGCUUCCGCGAAGAGAGGGACGUGUUGGUGAACGGGGACCAGCGUUGGAUCACGCAGCUGCACUUCGCCUUCCAGGACGAGAAUUACCUGUACCUUGUCAUGGAGUACUACGUGGGCGGGGACCUGCUAACGCUGCUGAGCAAGUUUGGGGAGCGGAUCCCGGCCGAGAUGGCGCGCUUCUACCUGGCCGAGAUUGUCAUGGCCAUAGACUCGGUGCACCGGCUGGGCUACGUGCACAGGGACAUCAAACCGGACAACAUCCUGCUGGACCGCUGCGGCCAUAUCCGCCUGGCCGACUUCGGCUCCUGCCUCAAGUUGCGGUCGGAUGGAACGGUGCGGUCGCUGGUGGCUGUGGGCACUCCGGACUACUUGUCUCCCGAGAUCCUGCAGGCGGUGGGCGGCGGGCCGGGGACUGGCAGCUACGGGCCCGAGUGUGACUGGUGGGCGCUGGGCGUGUUCGCCUAUGAAAUGUUCUACGGGCAGACGCCCUUCUACGCCGACUCAACGGCCGAGACCUACGGCAAGAUCGUGCACUACAGGGAGCACCUCUGUCUCCCGCUGGCCGACACAGGAGUCCCCGAGGAGGCUCGCGACCUCAUCCAGCAGCUGCUGUGUCCCCCGGAGGUGCGCCUGGGCCGGAACGGAGCAGGGGAUUUCCGGAAGCAUCCUUUCUUCUUUGGCCUUGAAUGGGACAGCCUCCGAGACAGCGUUCCCCCUUUCACGCCAGAUUUCGAGGGUGCCACGGACACGUGCAACUUCGAUAUGGUGGAGGACGGGCUCACUGCCAUGGAGACGCUGUCGGACAUGCAGGAAGGCAUGCCGCUGGGUGUCCACCUACCUUUCGUGGGCUACUCCUACUCCUGCAUGGCCCUCAGGGACGAUGAGACCCCGGGCUCCACACCCAUGGAACUGGAGGCCGAGCCAUUGCCUGAGCCCAGCCUGGAACCCACAGUGCCCCCACCAGAGGGAGCGGUUGAAGCGGCAGUUCCGGAGACCAUUCCGGAGGCGGUGGCAGAGCCGGAGGUGACGCUGCGGGAGCUCCAGGAGGCCCUGGAGGAGGAGGUGCUGACCCGGCAGAGCCUGAGCCAGGAGCUAGCGGCCAUCCAUAAGGCCAACCAGAACUUCGCCAGUCAACUCCGUGAGGCCCAGGCUCGGAACCGCGACCUGGAGGCGCACGUCCGGCAGCUGCAGGAGCGGAUGGAAUUGCUUCAGGCAGGGGGAGCCGCAGCUGUCACGGGGGUCCCCAGUCCCCGGGCUACGGAUCCACCUUCCCAUCUAGAUGGCCCCCCGGCCGUGGCUCUGGGCCAAUGCCCGCUGGUGGGGCCAGGCCCCAUGCACCGCCGCCACCUGCUGCUCCCUGCCAGGGUCCCUAGGCCUGACCUAUCGGAGGCGCGUUCCUUGCUCCUGUUCGCCGCUGCUCUGGCUGUUGCCGCCGCCCUGGGCUGCAUUGGGUUGGUGGCCUGCGCCGGCCAUCUCGCCGCAAUCUGACCCCGCCCGGGAGCCGCCUUCUCCUCCUGAACCCUAGAACCCGAGCCUAUCCUACACUCGGGCUCUGCUGGAGGGUUGGGUUACCGAGGCAGGGCCCAGAAGCCCCUCCCAUCGCUUCCCAGUUCACAACACUCCGAGCGUGGGUCUCCGCCCCAGCUUCAGCCCCGUGAUCCGGGCCCGCCCCCUGGCGGCCGGGGAGGGAGGAGCCGGGGCUGCGGCUCCAGGGAGGCUUGUAGCGGGGAGUGCUGCUGCUGCUGCUGCUGCUGGGGGGUCAGGAUCGCAGACCUCUUCCGCCUGCCUAGCUGAGGCCCCCGACGUGGAUGGGCAAGCUGCGACCUAGAGAAGGCAGCAGGGCCAGGGCUCAUCUGUUUCUCACCCUCCAGGCACCCCCACCCACUCUGGCUCGCAAACCACAAAUCCUCCUUGUGCAUGAGGCCCCGCCCCCUCAGGAAGGCUCUCUUUCCGCAGCGAAAGUCUAGCGCGAGCUCCGCCUGCUUUCUUGGGAAUCUUUUUGUUUUUGACAGCCCCGCUUUUUCGGGGAUUCUCGCGCCCUCCUCACGUGCGCUGCUCUCGGAGUCCAGCCGGCUCCGUCCGCCUCGGCAGUUUGGGUAUUUAUUGACCUUUUCUCUGACCCGCUGACAGGCUCCAGGACCCCAGCACCCUAAUCCACGUUUUGGAUGCACUGAGACCCCGACAUUCCUCGAUAUUUAUUGUCUUUCCCCACCUAGGACCCCCACCCCCGAUCCUCGCGAAUAAAAGGUCCUCCCGUCUGCCCAAAAUUCUGAAAUUCCUUGGGGUCCGCAGCUUGGGUCGAGGGCAA